UUUCGCUUGUCCAGUGCGCUUUUGAAAACGAAACUUAAAUAGUAUAUCACAAUUUUUGCGUCACUGCAGCACGGCGGGAGGGGUAAGAGCGCAGAUAAAAUCUAACAACAGCUAUUUUUUCACAUGAGAGCAGCAGUGGCGUCAGUCUGUCUCAGUGGUAACUACUCUCUUUUGAAUGUAUUUGAUAAACGUUGAUGUUAAUGGUUUUUCUUUCACGCUCUUCUCUUCAUGAAUCUCCGCGGGUUUGUUACAGGAUCUGCAGUCGUUUUUGUUAUGUGACGCUUACAACAGUUGACGCAGUGAGUUACCUUAUAUGUAGCCAUUUUCUCCAAUAUGAUGAAGAGGGGACAAAGAGUCAGGAUGGCGGCUGAAGUAAUGAGUGAGGCAAGUCUGCUUGAUUUUCUUGAUUUGCGGCAGUACGACAAAAAAAAAGGUGCAGAUUACCUGGCAUGGGUGUCACAAUCUGUGUCGACAUCUGAAAACAAGAGUUUCCUCUUAAAGAAUCCAGCUGGUGCCACGUUGAGGAUAGCAGGGCUUGGAGACACCAUUUACAAAGACGCAGAUGACGAGGUGAAUGCAUGGGGGAAAUUCUACCUUCCCAAGAUAGCACACAUGCAGGUCAUAGGUGUGGUGGAGGGCACCUCAUGCCCGUGUGACCAGCUUAUUCUGAUGACCUGUGAGGACAAAAAGCUGUACGCCUACGAUGGAGAGGAGCUGCAUUUGGUGGCUUCAAGUUGGAAGCAGCUAUGUGACAAGGGAAUUGAGUAUCCAGCAUCCAAGAGCUAUUUCAAUGGGGAGGCCUUCCAAUAUAUGACUGAGGAUGACUGGGCAGGUGUGAGGAAGGGUGACGUGGGGAGGAGACUUGACCACGAGCAUCAAAAACUGGUGCAAGGAAAUACAUCUGCAUUCUUGAAGUGUCUGAAAUCUUCAGGGCACACAUAGAUGCUGGUGUUUCCCCAGAAGAAAAGCCUCACUGCAAAAGAACUCAUCAUAAU